AUGUUCGAAAAGCUAUUCGGUAUUACGAAGACGACCUUCCUGGAGAAGAAUGUCGUCCGCGCUAGCGACCAAGACAAAUUCUACGAAGACAAGUGCACGUUCUGUUGGGGUCCAUAUGACGAAGAUCACCGCGCUGUUCGCGUGCAGCCUUGCGAUCACGUAUUCGGAGACGUCUGCCUCGAAGACAUGACCAACGCCCCGAAUGGAGACAAAUGUCCCAUCUGCCGAGCAGUAUGGUUUCAGCCUCCUACCAACGUUUUUCUCGGACGUAUCCUUCUGGACUACUUUAUACGUCUGCAAGUUUGGGCAAUGUUCGCCUUCGGUCGACUCCAGGCGUUCUGGUACACACUCCAACCGUCACUCCAACCGUUCUGGUACAGACUUCCAGCCUGGAUCAGGUUUCCAGUCAAGGUCGUCAACUCCUGGUACUACAUGUCGAACGUAUGCUACCAGAUCGACUUCGUUCUACAGCGCCUGACCGACAUAUAUCCGAGGAACCCGAUCUUACAACCCCAGCUGGAACUGGGGAGGCGGAUUUACGCGUACGUUCAAGCCCUCUAUGUUCAUCUCCUGAUUUCAUCAGGACGGUCCAAAGCCUUGGCGGUGAAGACCGACGUUUUCUACCUAGUAGACGAGCUUUUCCAGACCCCAUGGCAGUGGCAGAAGCUUCCAGUGCUGUUCCUCUGCGCCAUCGCACUUAGCGCACCCUAA